AUGGCAGACUCCCCGCGCACGCCACAGCCUUCCCGAAAGGGCAGCCACGAGUCCACUGUGCCACGAUCGCGGGUGCCCAGCGACGCCAUGGACCUGGAGGACCGCUCGCCAAAGCGUGCUUGGUUCCAGGAGGAUGGCCAGUCCCAAAAGCGUGGCGGCGACAGCGCCAUAUGCCGGCUGGGUGCCACCUUGGUGCCCAUCCGCUCUGCAACGGACGGCAGCCUCGAAGUGCUUUGUGCACAGAAUACAGUUCUGAACUACUUGAAGUCCGAGCCGGGCAAACAUGUUCUCGUCGAUUUUCCUGGAGAGUUUCGGCUGCUGGGGGCCCUUUACAAGCCUGCGGUGGACGUGACCCCUUUGGACACCGCAAUCCGUGGUCUCACUAGCGCAGGGUUGCGGAAUGCACAACGCUACAUCCGAUCUUACGUGGCAGAGAGGGAGGAACUGGGCUUCGCGGCGAUGCGUGCGAUGCUGUUUGACGUCACGUUGCAGGCCAGUGGUGCGCACAAGACAUUCCACUUUGUCUGCUCGAUGAGCCGUAUGGCGUCCGAGCGCCUGGUGAAUCUGCUCAACCAGUUCCUGGAAGCUCAACAGGAGUGCUGUGACGCCAAAGGCGACAAGCUCUUUGAGAUUCCCGAAGCUUUGCGAGCACAGCUUUGCCCCAUGUUUCACAAAGUAUCAUGGUGGCGAAUCGACGAGCUGCUGAAGCAAUCCGAGCUUGACUUCGUCAAUGAAUACCAGCGGGCCGGACUUCAAUCGCAUGGACGUUCAGCCCGGGCUUCUGGAAAUGCACACCUGGACAUGCUGCGGCGACUGCAGAAGUUCACUGCCGAUCAGGUCUACCAGCAAUGCAGCCUGAGGGAGCAGGCCUUGCUCUGCGUGCCCAAGAAGAGGUGGAACGAGCUCGAGUGCGGGGAGCUGGAGCCAUGUAUCCAAGGCUUUGAUGGCUUGAACAUCCUGUCCUUCAACCUGAACAUCCUCCCCUUCGGCGUCGCAUCGCUCCGAGGCCACGAGAGCCUCCACAGCAGCGCGCGGCUCCAUCUCUUCCUGGCACAAGUCAAAAGCGACCUGCAGGCCGAGGCCGGAGCACGUCGAUGCGAUCCUGACAGCAAGGAGCGGUUCCGAGCGCCGGAUGUGAUUGCCGUGCAGGAGCUCUUCGCCUCGCCUUUCGUGCCCUGCUUCUGCGCGCAGUCGGCAGCUGUCAGGACCAUGGCUUCCCUGGGCUACCACGCCGUCAUCGGGCCCAAACCAUCGGUGAUGGACCUGCUUCGGCGAGGCAAGUGGACCGACAGUGGACUAGUCAUCUUCAGUCGGCUGCCUGUUGCAGAGACGCGUUCGAUUCGCUUUGCGUCUGGAGCAGCUCUGGACGCUGGUGCAUGCAAAGGCGCCAUGUGGGCACGAGUGGAACUGGCCUCCGGACGAUACCUGGACGUGUUCAACUGCCACCUCCAAGCUUCACACACAGGUGCAGACGGUGAUGUCUUCGACCGCAUUCGCCGGUCUCAGCUGAAGGAGCUGCGGGAGUUCAUCGAGCUUGCUGGCACGGAGCAUCCCUAUGUCCUUACGGGGGACUUCAACGUCGACGCCAUCCCUGAGCCUUCGGACCCCAUGGGCACAUAUGGAAUCCCCUUCCGGCCGCCGCGCCAGGAGUCUGAGGAUUACCAGCGCCUAGUCUCUGCUUUAGACCCGCGUGGGCGGCUGGUCGACCUGCUCUGUGGGCCUACACUGCAAGACCCGCUCGGGAAGGAGUCACCCGUGGGCAAGCGCCAUCCCUGCACCCGGCCGCCGCGGCUUCGCAUGCCCUCCUCGGCAGGCUACGUGGCCCGGCAUAAGUACCCGCAGCGGCUGGACUAUGUCUUUUAUCGGCCUACGGUCAGUUCGCUGGUGGAGCACGCGCACUCAGAAGUGGAGCCUUUCGAAGUGACGGGCCAGCCAUUUGAAUACCUGAGCGACCACUUCGGGAUCCGCGCACACUUCCGGUUCCGCUGCAGCUUCGCGUGGGCGCGCGAGCCCCCGAAAUCGAAGCCGAAGGAGCCCUCGCUCCUACGCAAAGUCCUGGAUGGCAUGUGGAAGCGAUGGUUCGAAGGGUCGCUUCUCCUCGGAGGUUUUUCGGUGGCUUACCUCCAACUGCGGAAGGCCGAUGUCUUGCUCAGCGUGCUGCAGCAUCCCUUGAAUAGACUAGUUCCUCCAACCUUGCAUCCUGGCGUGCUACAGUACGGAUUCCCCUCCGUCUACGCUGGUGGCUGCGGCCUCCUCCUCCUUUGGCGGCGCUUACACGAGGAGGAGCGGCCACGCCUAGAGCGGACGCUGUCCAUGACUGCUGAGCUGGCCAGCUCGGCCUUUCGACGGCGGCUGCAGGCCCAGUCGGAACGGCCGGCCAAGACUGUGGCAUCUAGCCCGUACGACAGCUUCAACGGCUCUGUGGAGUCGUAUAGACUUCGGCCAUGCAUUGGUCGGCGGCCUUUGAACUCUGAUGGCACCUUGGGGGAGUACACCUGGCUCAACUACGGUGAUGCACAGUUUGAGGUCUUGCGGAUUUCUUCGGGUCUGCACCGAAAGUUCGGAUUGAAACGCAAUGCACAGGUGGGCCUCUUGGGCGAUGCCUCGGCAGACUGGCUGCUGUGUGACCUUGCCCUCAUGCGACUGGGUGCCAACACGGUCUGCCUGGCGGCCCCCGCAUCAAACCCAACCCUGGGCACCACGGCACCAGUGCCCAGUAGUGUGCAGGACCUGGAGCUCUUGCUUUGCUCUUCAGACUGGGUGGAGUACUUCGUUGCUUCGCGCCGAAACGAGGAGCUGCCGCGCUGCCCCAUAGUCACCUUCACACCGCUGACAGCUCGCCUGGCCGCCAUGGCACAGCACCGGCACCUCAAUGUCUGGGACCUGCCCUUCAUCGCCAACUUCGGCGAGGUGGCCGGUUGGGUGCCGUAUGUCGGUGUCGGGGGCUUCGAUGUCAUGACGACGAUGUACCGUUCACGGUCGGGGACGAAGAGUGAGCUGGCUGGGGUCUCGGUGAGCCUGCGCGGCCUGGCUAUCUGCGCCCAUUCCAUCCGUCAGGCGCUGGGCCUUCGCAACGACGACAGGCACUUCAGCUACAUCUGGCCGGCCUUCACUGCAGAGCGAGUGGUGCUCCAUGCAGUGCUGGCCGCCGGGGGUGCCGUGGGUUUCUUUGGCGGCGUGCGCUCCCCACGUAUCUUCGAGGACAUCCGGCGCCUUCAGCCGACUUUCCUCCUGGGAACAGCCAGCCUCUUCAGGAGGCAGAUCACACGGCUGCAGACAAAGCACGUGGGGAUGCUGGGGAACCUCAGCUAUCAACUGCAGCGCUGGGCGCUCAGCCGCUGCCGAGCAGAUUCUGAGUUUCCGGACAUGGAAGGCCACCUCAGCGCCAGUGACUUGCCAAGUGCGAGCUUCCUGGAGAUGGUGGCAAAGUGGUGCCUGACAAAGCCCCUUAGCCACUGGCUGAACAAGCCCUUCGUCAUCCCCCGGCACGUGCUUUUAGGGUCGAAGACGCGGCUCCGUUUCGUGCUGGCGCUCUGUGGCGCAGGCACCACAGCCUUGCCGCCGGACCGCUGCCUGUGGAUGCGUCUCCUGCUCGGCUGCCCUGUGCUAAAGAGCUUCGUCUCCGUGGAGGCAGGUGGCAUGGUCACACUGGGCGAGGCACCUUACUUCGGGGACACCUUCCAGGCCUUCGCAGUGGGUCGGGAGCUGCCGGGAGUGCAGAUUGAGAUGCUGAAGCUGAACUUACCAGAGGGCUUUCCUCCACUCAGCGUGCUGGGCUCCCAUGAGGCUCACAUCGAGCUCGGCACCGUGAAAGUGAAAGGCUUGGCCACGGAGGAGGCCAAAGUGGGCAUCGUCGUUGGGCGGCGCGAUCAAGAACUGUUUGUCUAUGGUCGCUUAGUGUCCUUGCAGGAGUCUCUGAACCGCGGGGCCCUCUGCGAGGCAUUGGAGCAGCUCCUGCUCCAGGUCACCGGCCCUUGGCUGAUGCAGCUCCUCCUGGUGGCGAAGCCAAAGGGCGUCGUGGGCGUAGCAGCUGUGCGACUUGAAGAGGUUUGGAGGCUGGCGAAAUUCUGGAGUAUCGACGGGGCCUCAAGCGGCGAGGACCUCUGCAAAGAUCAGCGCGUCGUCCGCGUUUGCCUGCGCGAGCUCCAUAAGCAUGCUGCAAAGUUCGGCUUCUCCGAAGCGGAGACACCACGCGCCCUGCGGUUGCAGGCCACGCCAUUUUCGCUGGAGGCAGGCCUCCAGACGCCAACCUUCCAACUGCGGCGGGAUCAGCUUGAGCCGCGGGUCUCUCACAUCAUCGAGGAGCUCUAUGAUAGCCUGGAUGGCUCCCCAGACUCACAGGACUUCAUGGUUGAGCGGAAGCGGACACGCAGCUUCUUCGGCAAGAAGAAGUCCUUUCCAACGAUGGAGUGGCUUUGA